CAGAGUGCUCCCCGCACGGCUCCUACUGGUGUCCCUGGAGCAUGGGAGGCUGCUGAGCUUGAGCAGCGGUGUCCGUCAGGAGCUGCGUGUCUCACCCCGUGGCAGGGAGGGCGUCCAUGGCUGCAGCCAACAAGGGCAACAAGCCCAGAGUCCGGAGUAUCCGCUUUGCGGCAGGUCAUGAUGCAGAAAGCUCCCAGAGCCACGUCCACUUUGAUGAGAAGUUGCAUGACUCAGUGGUCAUGGUCACCCAGGAGAGCGACAGCAGCUUUCUAGUCAAGGUUGGCUUCCUGAAGAUCCUGCACAGGUAUGAGAUUACCUUCACUCUGCCCCCGGUACACAAGCUGAGCAAGGACAUCCGAGAGGCACCUGUCCCCAGCCUGCACCUCAAGCUCCUCAGCAUCACGCCCAUCUCGGAAGGUUACAGUGUCAAGUGUGAAUACUCGGCACACAAGGAGGGCGUCCUCAAGGAGGAGAUGCUGCUAGCCUGUGAAGGUGGCACCGGGACCUACGUGCGCGUCAUGGUGCAGGCGCGCGUCAUGGACCGGCACCACGGCACACCCAUGCUGCUGGAUGGUGUCAAGUGCGUGGGUGCCGAGCUAGAAUACGACUCGGAGCACAGUGACUGGCACGGCUUCGACUGAGGCCCGCGCCGGCUGGCCUUGGGGCCCCUCAGCCUUAAACCCCACCUCAUCUCCGGAAUGCUGCGUGAUGGUGUGGCUUCCUCGCCCCUCCCCUCCCCGGGUGGGCGUGGGGGUGGAGCGUCCAGGGGCUUCCCCGGGCCUCGCCCAUGCCUCUCACCUCUGCCUUCAUUUGUGCCCCCUCCCUGCCUCUCCUAAGUCCUCCUCUCCCACUUUCUCCUCUCCGUGUGCCUCAGUCUCCUGCCGAAGAAAUGGGCUGAGCCCCCAAGGAGGCUAUGUGAGGAGGGGAGGGAGAGGCCUGGGGUGGGUUCUACUCACCCCCCACCCCAAGCCACAGGGGCUCUAGCCAGGGCCAGGAGAGGAGGGAAGGAGCUGGCUCUGUGACACUGUCGCCCCAUUAUUGCUGCUGCUGUCUCCCUUCAGCCAACUCUCCUGCGCCCUCCCUCUUUCCCACUGCUGUCCACGGGGGUUGGGGGGGGUGCAGUCUCCAACCCCUACUCCCCAGGUCUGUGUUACUUGAUUUUUAAACAACUGGUUGGGAUAAAACUAAAGAAAUAAAACUUUCAGUGGAUAC